CACACGAGUGCCGUUAUCCGUGACACUCGAUGUUCGGACGCAUCCGUGUCCGUGCUGAUAUCGAGAGAUUCAUCUUGGGUUCAUCAUCAGUCUGGCUUCGAUUUCUGGUCGAUUUCUUCUAACCCUUCGAAUACCCCCUACUUCCCGCACUUUACCCUGUUAUCUAAGGUCCAUGUCUGCGAAUGAGGCCCGUCCCCUUAAGAGACAGAAAGCAAAUGCGAAAGUUCCACUGAUAGGUACUCAUAAUGGAACUUUCCAUUGCGACGAAGCCCUGGCAGUUUUCUUACUGCGGCAGCUUUCUGCCUAUAAGAACUCAAACUUGCUUCGAUCACGCGAUCCGGCUAAGCUGGAAGAAUGCGACAUCGUCGUGGAUGUAGGUGCAGUCUACGAUCCAGAAAGGUUUCGAUUCGACCAUCAUCAACGAGAGUUCUCUGAAAACUUUGGAUAUGGUUUUGUGACGAAGUUGUCAUCGGCGGGCUUGAUAUACAAGCAUUUCGGGAAACAGAUAAUUGCUGAGCGGUUCAGCUACAGUGUCCAAGAUCCGAUUGUGGAGGUGUUAUAUUUAAAAUUGUACAAGGACUUCAUCGAGGCAAUUGAUGGGGUUGACAAUGGCGUUAAUCAAUAUCCGACAGAUGUCAAGCCCUUGUACAAGAAUAAUACGGACUUGUCCCGUCGCGUAGGGUAUUUGAAUCCUGCUUGGAACGAGAAAGUAGAUGUGGAAGGUGUUGACACGAGAUUCGAAAAGGCUUCGCUGUUGACCGGGACGGAGUUUCUGGACCGCUUGGAUUACUAUGCAAAGGCAUGGUCACCAGCCCGAAAGCUCGUUGAAGAAGCCUUCUCCGGGAGGACAGAAAUCCACGCAAGUGGGAAAAUUAUCCUCUUUGAGCAGUUUGCUCCGUGGAAGGAGCACCUCUUUGACCUUGAAGAAGAUCAAUCCCUUUCACCUGCGGAUAAGCCGUACUAUGUAAUCUAUCCGGAUGAAAUUGCAGGAAGCUGGAGGGUUCAAGCUGUGCCUGUGGCCCCUGGGAGCUUCGAUAGCAGAAAGGCUCUACCAGAGAAAUGGCGCGGACUACGGGACGAGAAGCUAUCUGAGGUGACUGGGAUUCGGGGAUGCCUUUUCGUCCACGCGUCAGGCUUCAUCGGUGGAAACCGAACAAAGGAGGGUGCAAUUGAGCUCGCUAUCAAGGCUUUGACUGCGACGUGAACCACUGAGUCACAUAACUUUGGAUAUUUCGCCAACUAUACCUUGCCAAGCCAGUAUGAAGAGGUCGAGUAGUACCAAGCAGUAGGAACAUCUCAGGUGAAGCCAGGAAUAUAUAUUUUGGUGCACCUUUUGGAACUGCGAAAGGGGCGAUCUACAAUUUGAAGGAAACAUAGUCUAGUAGAUCAAAGAAGACAUGUCAGCGCGAAUACGAUUGUAGUCGAGCAAGCCCUCAAUACGACCAAGUGCUGCGAUGGCAAUCUAUGAUUUAGUCCGUCAGGGCUUGGGUCUACGGGAAAUAGAGCAGCUAUGAUUCGCUUACAUCGUUGUCCCAGAUAUACUUCUGGGCAACACGCUUUAUGUCCUCGGUGGUGACGCCGUUAACCUCAUUUUCGAUCUGCUUGGGCGUAUACCGUCUGCCACUUGUCACAAGCUGUCUUCCGAUAUCUUCCGC